ACGUCUGGGGAACGCGCGCGCCUCCGCGGGGCCAGGCCGAGCGUCACUGCUGCUGGUGGCGUCUGAGGCUGAAGGCUUGGCAAGAAGGGUUUGCGGCGGCGUAUCGGGCUGUUGGUAUCGUGGCUGCCGAGGCCACCCGCUCCUGGUCAUGAGAGAAGAAAGAGUCCUGAAGCAGAGACAUCUUAGAGAAAAACUAUUUCAGGGCCAUGCAAGCCAGCUGUAGUCAACUGCAUGAUCCUCCAGGCACCGCAAGUGAUGAUGCUCCAGCCUCCCAGUGUGUUCACCCGUCAAGAUCAACAGAAGGGUCUUCUUUUCAUACUGGAGACAUACAUAUCCAAAUAAACUCCGGACCGAAGGAGCAUCCUGAAAAUCCGAGCUCUAGAAAUACAAGGUCAGGUGCCUGUAGCUGUGCCCAUGGGUGUGCACAUACUCGCUUCCGGAGUCACUCCCACAGUGAAGCAAGGCCUCCUGAGGACUUUGCCACAGAAUCUGGAGAACAUGGAGGUGGCUCCUUCUCAGAGUUCCGCUAUCUCUUCAAGUGGCUGCAAAAAAGUCUUCCUUAUAUUUUGAUUCUGGGUAUUAAACUUGUUAUGCAGCAUAUAACAGGAAUUUCUCUUGGAAUUGGGCUGCUAACAACUUUUAUGUAUGCAAACAAAAGCAUUGUAAAUCAGGUUUUUCUAAGAGAACGGUCAUCAAAGAUUCAGUGUGCUUGGUUACUGGUGUUCCUGGCAGGUUCUUCUAUUCUUUUAUAUUACACCUUUCAUUCUGAAUCACUUUAUUACAGCUUAAUUUUCUUAAAUCCUACACUGGAUCAGUUGAGCUUUUGGGAAGUUCUUUGGAUUGUUGGAAUUACAGACUUCAUUCUAAAAUUCUUCUUCAUGGGUUUAAAAUGCCUAAUUUUAUUGGUGCCUUCUUUCAUCAUGCCUUUUAAAUCAAAGGGUUAUUGGUACAUGCUUUUAGAAGAAUUAUGUCAGUGUUACCGAAUUUUUGUCCCCAUACCAGUUUGGUUUCGGUACCUUAUAAGCUAUGGGGAGUUUGGUAAUGUAACAAGAUGGAGUCUUGGGAUAUUGCUGGCUUUACUCUACCUCAUACUAAAACUUUUGGACUUUUUUGGACACUUGAGAACUUUCAGACAGGUUUUACGAGUAUUUUUUACACGACCAAGUUAUGGAGUGCCUGCUAGCAAGAGACAGUGUUCAGAUGCGGAUGGUAUUUGUUCAAUAUGUCAAGCUGAAUUUCAGAAGCCAGUUCUUCUCAUUUGUCAGCAUAUAUUCUGUGAAGAAUGCAUUACCUUAUGGUUUAACAGAGAGAAAACUUGUCCACUGUGCAGAACUGUGAUUUCAGAUCGUAUAAACAAAUGGAAAGAUGGAGCCACUUCAUUGCACCUUCAGAUAUACUAAGUUGUACAAACUGUUAAGGCCACAAAACAUUAAUUUUAUCUGGUUAUGGUAACUAUUGAUAAAGGCAUAAUUGAUUUCCAGGAGUAGAAAAAAUGUUUCCAAAUGGUUUUAAGGUAUUAAGAGACAUGUUUGUAGUUCAAUUUCUUAAAGAUUAAGUGCAAGAGCCAUGUGUUUUUUAAGUAUAUAUUAAACUUAAAAAGUAUACAAAUUUAUCCCACUUAUUUGACAGAUAAUUGCAGUGUUAAAUUAGAAAUGUUUUUUCUUGUUAAUAAUACCAAAACAGCAAUUAGCAACUAGAACUAGCCACUUUAAAGGGGUGAAGGUACUAUUUCCUGACAUGGUUUUCAGAGUAAAGAUUUUGCCUAUUUUAAGAUACAUAGUAUCUGAAACAAUUUUCUUCAUCAGACUUUUAUAAUCCCCAUUCUAAAAAUGCUUAAAUUUUUCAUAAAAUUGUAUUUUUCAAUGAAAGUUCUAAAUGCUAUAUUUUACCUAUAACAAUAACGUUUUCUAAGUGAAGAUUUAUUGAGGAUGAUAUAUUUUAAUACUGUAUUAUGCUUUAUGACAAGCAAUCAGUGAGAAUAAAUGAUUUAGAUUCAAUCA